AUGAACACUCCAAUUUCUGAAAGACCAAGCUCAUCACGAAAAACCCCUAUAACCCCCGGCGACGCCCCUUGCAUUGUAUCUCUCAUUGAAAAUCGUGCUCGAGAAGUCGGUCUUGCCUGCAUCAACAUGAAAAAUUUCCAAAUAAUUAUCACCCAAUUUGUCGAUAACCAAACCUAUAUAAACACCUUAUCCACCCUCUACGCCUGAGAUCCAAUUGAGCUAAUUAUGUGCAAAACAGCCCAAGAAAGUGCCUUAAAAAGCCGAAUUUCUGAACAAAUGAAAGAAAUUACUAUAACUUUAGUACCCAGAAAAUGUUUUGACGAAACAAAAGGGGGCGAAAUUUAUUCCCACUCAGCUUCAAAAAUCAAUGAAGUGGAUAUAGAAAUCAAAUACGUGAGCAUGGCUGCGCUUUCUGCGUUAAUUGACUAUAUAGAAUCCUCACAAAAUAUUAUGAUAUAUAGAGAGACGUUAAAAGUUACCUUCAGCCAUCUGGAUUCUUUAUUAGUAAUUGAUUUUUCGACUGCAAAAAGCUUAGAAUUGGUAGUUACCCUAGAAGGGUCCACAAAAGAGUCAUUAGCAGGGCUUUUCGAAUGUAAAACACAGCCAGGACUUAGGAUGCUGAGAGCUAAUUUAUUGCAGCCGAGUAGAGAUAUUGGAGUUAUUAAUGGAAGAUUAGACGCAGUCGAAGAAAUUAUUCGGUCAACACCACUGAGAAUUGAAAUAAAAAAUAUUUUAGCGUUAAUUCCGAAUACAGAAUUAGUGACUUCUAGACUGGUGCAGAAACCUCAGCAGACAAGUUCACAAUAUAUGAAAGCUCAGGCAGGGAAUAUUAUUAUAAUUAGGCAAAUCCUUAUGCAAUCUAAAGUGCUGUUAGACACACUUAUGAAGCAUGCUGUACAAGCUUCUAUAUUUAGAGGUAUUAUUGAUAAUUUGUAUGAUAGCAGAAUUGAGGAUUUGCUUAAUGAUAUUGACCAAAUUAUGGAUCCUGAUGCUAUAUGCCAUUAAUCCUGCAUUUUUUGACAAUUUUUGAUACUUGCCCUUUUAAAAAUUUAAAAAAAAUUCAAAUAGUUUCAAAAAGUGCAAAAAUCAUGAACCGAUCCUGAUAUAGCUGCAUUGAAAAACCCAAAAAUCAAUAAAGCUCAUUGCAUUUCGCUUGUAAGAGAUGGAAUUGAUUCUUUAUUAGACAUUGCGAGGCUUAUAUAUUCAAAUAAUUUAGAUGAAAUACAUAAGCUUUCAAGCAAUUUUAAAUACAAGCUGAAUGAGCCGUCUAUAAAAUUAAUGCAAAAUGAAAGUCGAGGGUAUUUCUUAUCAUUUGACCAAGAAGUAUUGAAAAAAAAUAUUCUUGCUGCAAUAGGUGAACAUUUUGUUUAAAUUUUAAGAAAAAUAAAAUGGGCAUUACUAGGCGCUAUAAUAGUUUAUAGCUCAUUUAACGUUAUGGAUCGUCAUUUUAAAAAAUUUAAUGGCUAUAUUUUGUUUGAUAUUUUCUGCAUCUUAGACUAGAACCAUCAUCAUUUAGAUAAACAUUCAGAGUUAAAAAUUUUCUGAUUUUAUUCUAAUUUAAAUUUAUUUAUAAUAAAUGAUUCUUCUCUCGCUUUAUAUAAAAGUAGCGAUUUUUCGGCCAAAUGGCUUAAGCCAAAUUUGGAUAAAUUUGCUCUAGCAGUAUUAAAAAUGGCCAUUUAUCUUCCAAAAAUUUAUUUCUAUUGUGUGUUUUUAGGCUUCGGCUACAUUUUAAGAAAGCAGCACCAAAUAUAAAAGCACUCAAGCGCGGAACAUCCGUAUGCGGAUCUAGAUUUCACACAUGAUAAAAUGUCCCUCCGUGUGAAUCCCAUCCCAUAAAAAUGCAAAACAUUAAUCAUAGUUCAAAUUUCAAAGAAAGGGAAAAAAUGCCUGGCUUCAACUCCAUCUUUAAUCAGCCUAAACGAAAGCUUAAAAUCCACUCAAAAUGAAAUUGUGAAUUUAACAUUUAAUCACAAUAUACAUAAAAUGGCGUAUGGCGACCGACCCACCCUCUCAGUGGUGGUUGCCCAUGUAUAUCCGGGCAUGGUUUUUGGAGCCAGGAGUUGGCCCAGCAAUGCUUGGGACCUCGAAGCGAGAAGUCUAAGCACAAAGACCGCUGUUUUUGUGACCGAACCUAUGGGCAGUUACUCGUGACUUCUUUUUGCCAGCAGCGCUCAGCCCAGUGAGUGCCCGAAAUGAGGCAGGGCGACUUACCUGCCUAAGCUGCUUUUGUGGCUCGCCCCGAAUGGCGAAAGCUGUUGAGUUCUUUCUUGGGAUGACCGGAAAAGAGGGGAAGGCGAGUUAGACAUCUAAACGGGAGUCUCUCCAGUUAAAAGGUGCCCUUCAAUGGGCAGAUCUGGCGGACGACGCGGCAGUGUUGGCGUAAACUUAGGCGACGAUCCAUUUUGGAAAUGGAGGCGGUCAGCAAAGACGGUAUGACACGUCCCUUGACCUUCAUCUCUACCGAGAAACCGGGGGUUUCGGCCCGGGCUUGGUGAAUGCUCUGCCACCAUACGGGAAACCGUAGAAUGCUUCCUCGGACGAAGCAGGGACUUAAAAUAACCAGCGUAAUCUUAAUCUUAAUCUUAACAUUUAAUCACAUCGAAGAGCUCAUCUGCAAAGCCCGCUCAAAAAUCUUAUGCCUCUACAACGUCUCUCACGCCAUCGCUACUCUUGAUUUAUUAAUCGCUUUUGCUGAGUUUUCUUCUGUUUUUAACGCAAAGCGGCCUCAAUUUCAGCCUGGCGUUCUACUAUUAAAACAAGUAAAAAAUCCUUUCAUAGAGCUAAAAACCAAAAAAUUCCAUCCUUUAGAUUGCAAAUUUACAGAAGUCACAUCACUCCAAAUUUUAACUGGUACAAAUUCUAGUGGAAAAACUACCUUCCUCAAAACCUCUGCUUUAACUGCAAUUUUAGCUCAUGCUGGGUGUUUUAUCCCAGCGCAAGAAUCAAUUUUUCCUAUUUUUGACUAUAUUUUGACCAGAAUUGGUGAGAGAGAAUCACUUGAGCACAAAUCGUCAGGAUUUUUAGCAGAAAUGAAAGACUGCUCAUAUAUUUUGCAGACUGCAUCAAGAAAUAGCUUUAUAUUGAUAGAUGAAGUGGGAAAAGGCAGUUCUCAUGAAGAUGGCUUAGCAAUGGCAUGGGCUAUUUGUGAGAAUUUGCUUCAAAUAGGCUGCUUAGCCAUUGUAUCGACCCAUUUCAGCCAGCUUACUUCUCUGGAAGAUUUUUAUCCAGGGAUCAAUAAUAUUCAUACAUCUUCAUUUAAACUAGAAUCUGGGCGUUGUGAACAAGAAUAUGGCUAUGGGAUCUCUUUAGCUGCCAGCUCUGCUUUACCAAAAAGUCUUAUAGAAAACGCUCAAACAUUCAGCUCAGAAAUUUGUAUGAAAUUUUCAUUUUUAUCAAAUAAAAAUGCAUUUCUUGCUAACACAAAUAGAAAAUCAUUAGAAAUUGCAAAUGAAAUUUUAUUGCUUAAAGAAAGUCCUGAAAAUUUAGAAAAAGCUUUACGCAAUUUAAAACAAAAAUUAGUGUAA